GCAGAGAGUCGGCAUCCGAAGCAGCGGGAGAACAGCGCGGGCCAGGCUGCGGGUCGAGGGCGGCGGCGAAGCAGAUACUUGGGUUUGUGGCCACAUCUCAGCAUGUUGAGUCAAGUUUGCUGCUCCAGGUUCCAGCCCUUCAGUCAACGUCUUCUGCCCUGGGUCCAGUCCACAGUCUCCAGAUCUCAUCGGGUCCAGCCUCCAGCUGUCACACAUGUCCGUUCUUGGAGCAACAUCCCCUUUAUCACGGUACCCCUCAGUCGUACGCAUGGCAAGUCCUUUGCCCACCGCAGUGAGCUGAAGCAUGCCAAGAGAAUCGUGGUGAAACUGGGCAGUGCGGUGGUGACCCGAGGGGAUGAGUGUGGCCUGGCUCUGGGGCGCCUAGCCUCUAUUGUUGAGCAGGUAUCAGUGCUGCAGAACCAGGGCCGAGAGAUGAUACUUGUGACUAGCGGAGCUGUUGCCUUUGGCAAGCAGCGCUUACGCCAUGAGAUCCUUCUGUCUCAAAGUGUGCGACAGGCUCUGCAUUCAGGACAGAACCAACUGAAAGAGAUGGCAAUUCCAGUCUUGGAAGCUCGAGCCUGUGCUGCCGCCGGACAGAGUGGGCUGAUGGCCUUGUACGAAGCUAUGUUUACCCAGUACAGCAUCUGUGCUGCCCAGAUUUUAGUGACCAACUUAGAUUUCCAUGAUGAGCAGAAGCGCCGGAAUCUCAAUGGAACACUUCAUGAACUCCUCCGGAUGAACAUUGUCCCCAUUGUCAACACCAAUGAUGCUGUUGUACCACCGGCCGAGCCCAACAGUGAUCUGCAGGGGGUAAAUGUUAUUAGUGUUAAAGAUAAUGAUAGCCUGGCUGCCCGUCUGGCUGUGGAAAUGAAAACUGACCUCUUGAUUGUCCUUUCAGAUGUAGAAGGCCUUUUUGACAGCCCCCCAGGUUCAGAUGAUGCAAAGCUGAUUGAUAUAUUUUAUCCUGGAGAUCAGCAGUCUGUGACAUUUGGAACCAAGUCUAGAGUAGGAAUGGGUGGCAUGGAAGCCAAGGUGAAAGCAGCUCUCUGGGCUUUGCAAGGUGGCACAUCUGUUGUUAUUGCCAACGGAACCCACCCAAAAGUAUCUGGACACGUCAUCACAGACAUCGUGGAAGGCAAGAAAGUCGGCACCUUCUUUUCAGAAGUAAAGCCUGCUGGUCCUACUGUUGAACAGCAGGGAGAAAUGGCCCGAUCUGGAGGGAGGAUGUUGGCCACAUUGGAACCUGAGCAGAGAGCAGAAAUCAUCCAUCAUCUGGCAGACCUGUUGACAGAUCAGCGAGAUGAGAUCCUGUUAGCCAAUAAAAAGGACUUGGAGGAGGCACAAGGGAGACUAGCAACCCCCUUGCUGAAGCGCCUGAGCCUUUCCACAUCUAAGCUGAACAGCCUGGCCAUCGGGCUGCGGCAGAUCGCAGCCUCCUCACACGACAGUGUCGGGCGUGUUUUACGCCGAACUCGAAUUGCCAAAAACCUCGAACUAGAACAAGUGACUGUCCCAAUUGGCGUUCUCCUGGUGAUCUUUGAAUCUCGCCCUGAUUGUCUACCCCAGGUGGCUGCCUUGGCUAUUGCGAGUGGUAACGGCUUGUUACUCAAAGGAGGGAAGGAGGCUGCACACAGCAACCGGAUUCUUCACCUCCUCACCCAGGAGGCGCUCUCAAUCCAUGGCGUCAAGGAUGCCGUUCAGCUGGUGAAUACUCGAGAAGAAGUUGAAGAUCUCUGCCGCCUAGACAAUAUGAUAGAUCUGAUCAUUCCUCGCGGCUCUUCCCAGCUAGUCAGAGACAUCCAGAAAGCUGCAAAGGGAAUUCCAGUGAUGGGACACAGUGAAGGGAUCUGCCACAUGUUUGUGGAUUCAGAGGCCAGUGUCGACAAGGUCACCAGACUUGUCCGAGACUCUAAGUGUGAAUAUCCAGCUGCCUGUAAUGCUUUGGAGACUUUGCUGAUCCAUCGGGAUCUGCUGAGAACACCGCUGUUCGACCAGAUCAUCGAUAUGCUGAGAGUGGAGCAGGUAAAAAUUCACGCAGGCCCCAAGUUUGCCUCCUACUUGACCUUCAGUCCCUCAGAAGUGAAGUCACUCCGGACAGAGUACGGGGACCUGGAACUGUGCAUUGAAGUGGUGGACGGCGUCCAGGAAGCCAUCGAACACAUCCACAAGUAUGGCAGCUCUCACACGGAUGUCAUCGUCACAGAGAAUGAGAAAACAGCAGAGUUCUUCCUCCAGCAUGUAGACAGUGCCUGUGUGUUCUGGAAUGCCAGCACUCGCUUCUCUGAUGGCUACCGCUUUGGGCUGGGAGCGGAAGUGGGAAUCAGCACAUCACGGAUCCAUGCCCGAGGGCCUGUGGGUCUGGAGGGACUGCUUACUACGAAGUGGCUCCUUCGAGGGCAAGACCACGUGGUCUCAGACUUCUCCGAGCAUGGCAACUUAAAGUACCUUCAUGAGAACCUCCCUGUUCCCCAGAGAAACACCAACUGAGAGCAGCAACUAGGAAUGUUCCAUGAGGUCUUUACACUUUGACUAGUCGAUAAGCCCUCUGGGAGUGAAGCCAGACCUUCUCCCUACCUCCUAGAAGGGUCUGCCCAUUGGGAAGGGCACCUCAGUACUUCUGGCUCAAUUUGGUACUGUCAGUCUUGGUAUUCUCCAUUCCAGUCUUUAGUAAAGAGAGUGAUUGCUACAGAUGGGUCCUUUACUUCCCUCAGUCCAGUUCCCUCCCUUGGUAGAAACAAAGGCCCGGUUUCCUUCGGGAAAACCCUGACUGCUUUUUAUCACCUCAGUGAGGUCAAAUCUCUCGGCAUGUGCUAGCUCCUAGGGCUGCCCUCCCUCCUAAGUUUCCACAUUUCAGUUCAUCGCUGCCACACACGGUCAUCUUCAGUCGUAGAAGAGGGACAGCUCUUCUUAGGAUUCUCAGCAGAAAUAGUGACUGAAUGAACUGUUAUUUCCACCAGGAAGAUUGGCCUCUAUGUGUUGGUGGGGUAGGUAAAUAAACACGUCAGACAUCCAGAACCAGGAGGCACCCCGGGCCCAUGACACAUUUGUAACCUGAGCUACAGACAGUUGAGACGAGUUCCAGGGUGUUCUACCAAGUGGGAGGAAUAUCCACAGCAAUUAUGCCUGAAAUUUUUAUAUGAAUUAUUUUGUCAUCCUGUCCUUUUCCUCCAGAACAAAGAUUACAGGAUUAUUUUAAUACUUUGGAUUCUUCUCCCCACCUCUACUCCUUUUUUUUUUUUUUUUUGAGAAAUAAAGUUCUUAUGAAAAGCC